AUGAUUUUAGGAGCGGCUUUCAUUCCUGCAGGACUCAAAGAGAUUGUCUUACUCGCCGUCCCGCCGCUCUGUGUCGCAUUCUUCCUUGCUGUGUUUUCAGGGCUCGUGGGAGUCGGGCUUCUUUGGGGCGCGACCGUCCCUCUGAUGCGCAACGGCGGCCUCGCCGCCAAGAGUUCCGAGGCCGCUUCCGGAAAGGCCCAUGAAGGCAGCUUUCCGCAGUCACGUGGAAAGAAGGACGCAAACGGCAUAACAGCUCCUUUUGUUGCGAUUUUCAGGCUACUGACGCAGUGGCGAGUUUUUUUCCCCUAUCUCCUGAACCAGUGCGGUUCGCUGUGCUACUAUUACCUCCUGGGAGAGUACGACCUGUGCAUCACGGCCCCUCUGGCGAACACCUUGGCGUUCCUGUUUACUUUUCUCACCGAAGCAAUUAUUAACAAGAGCCUUCCUUCGAUGCAAGACAUCGUCGGCUGUGCCUUGAUAAUCUCCGGCUUCGCCGUUUGCGUUAGCGGCUAG